AUUCUGAAAGAAAAGGACCGGAUGUUUUCACGGGUAGCGGGGAACAUGAAAAUAGUUCAGUAGUAAAGAAGCUACAGAUUUAAUUUUACGGGCUAAAUAUAAUUGAUAUCCUGUCACACAAGUUAAGUAAAGAACGAAUCACUUAAUAAUGAGGCUACACAUAUUUUGAUAUAUGUUUAUAUUAACGCGGCAGCAGGAAAUGAUAGUAGCGGCUAAUGCUAGCUGACCUGUUGUUGUGGUCGAUCAGUGACUUUGUAAGAAACCACUGAAAUGGAGUUUGGUUAUAACUGUUCCGUUUUAACGGUGUGUAAGCAGUAAGGUAUUGCGGACAUCAGUCAUAUUGAUUUUAUAUCAUAGUAAAGGUUUCAACUGAUACAAACAGAUGGAUAGAUCCCCUGUGUUGAAUACAGCUGGUGCAGAAAGCGAAGAUUUGAUGUGUGAUUCAGUGAAAUGCUACAUUUGCCUGAAUCCCUUUGAGAAGCAGACUGUGGGCUCUCUGGAGAACUGCCAGCACGUCUUUUGCCUUGAAUGUAUUCUCCAGUGGUCCCAGACAGCUAACACUUGCCCAGUGGAUCGCAUCAGUUUUACUUUAAUCUACCAGAGACGGAGCCCUGGAGACGACGUUCAAAAGAAGAUCAAAGUGAGCGUACGAAAAAAUGAAGAUGGUGGUGAUGAAGAGGAGGGGAGCAGUGCUGCGGUUAUCUGUGAGGAAUGUGGUCGUGGAGACCGGAGGCACCGGCUUCUGGUGUGCAUACUCUGUGAUUCAGGUUAUCAUAUGCACUGCUUGAGACCAACGUUAAACACGAGACCUGAAGGUGACUGGGUUUGUCCCGAGUGUGCAGUGACUCCUCAUGUUACAGAAAGCUCCCUGACAGAGGAGGAGAUCAGUGAUGGAGAACUUACAGAUCUCCUGGCUGAAGUGGAAGAAAUUCCCUCUACCAGCAGUCGUCUUCGGCCCUCCUCUACAAAUCGGCCCAGCAGCUCCAACGAACGGCGACGCAGCGCAAGAAUCCAGAACAGAGGCGACAGCAGGCCAAGCUAUGGACCACAAACCUCCUGGCAUGUACCAAAAUAUCUGCUGAGGGCAUCAAAGCCUCCAGUCCCAACUGAUAAAGCUCAUAAUCAGAGUGAAAGCAGCCAUACUUCAGUCAAGAUAAAGAGAAGAAAGAAGGGGAGGAGGAAACGUGCAGCCUAAACUCUGCAUUGCUGACAAGUGAAAGAAGAAAAGUCGGUCCGUCUCACCUGAUCAGAAUCAGCUUUUAGUACAGUAAUAAGGUCGUGUAAAAUUCAUACUAUGAAUACUCUAUUUGUGACCCCUCGUAAUUUUCCAAGUAAUGGAAAUAACCACAUGAAUGCUUCAAGAGACCAUAUCCGCUUUAUACCCUCUCUAAGUGUCACAAUCUAAUGUUCAAAUCUGUAUAAUUUAUCUACGACAAACUGAGUAGCUGGAUCAUGGGAUAUGUCAUAGUUUAAAUAGCAAAACUGCACCAGUCUAUGAUCUAGAGCAGGGGUGGGCAAUUCAUUUCCCCAAAUUGCUACGUAGAAAACUCGGAUUUUUGUGGAGGGUUGGACCAAUGAGCUGAAAUAAUUUCUGCUCAAUAUUAAUUUCAUCUUUUUAUAAACUGCUACAAGUAAAGAGUAGAUGUUACAGUUAGGUCCUAAUUGUGCUCCCUUGAAGAAAUGAAUUGAUACCUCACAUGUGAAGAAACAAAAACAAGCACUAGAAUCCUGUUUGAAGCUAUUAUCUUCUUCAGUCAUGGUUUACCACAAAUGCAGCUUAACGCUGUGAAAUGAAGAAAGAGCCUCAGUCGUAACAUUACAUCGAUCAGACAGCUUCAGGUCCUGAAGACGUUUCUCAAAAUCUAGAAGAGUCUGGAUCCAGAGUGUGGAUAUCGCCAUUAAAGACCCAGGUGCUACAAGUGACCACAAGGUGGCAGCAUUGUAUUUGCUGAGCUACAGUUCAAGCGCAAGAGGCUACAGUUUUGGUACAGCCCAGGCGGUUCAACUUUCAGGGAAGCUGUUUUCUAUACAGUUUUUUUAAAACCACCAAACUUUCAAUAAAUGUUUUUCAUUA